GCCACCUGAUCAAUCAUGGGCUUCUGAUCACGAAAACUGCCAAGUUUUGGAAUAAGAGAUUAGGGGGUACUCGUAAAACCAGCCCUUAAAAGCAAGGGGGAGAUACCCAUCAAGAAUCUGUUCAAUGAAAGGAAGAUAAACAAAUUGUAGCUGAAACCCGAAAAGCUUUUUCUCUUAUCUUUCUCGAGAAACAAACGCGAAGCUUGUGGAUUCUUGCAGAAGAUUGAGGAGAAUGCGUGGCUUCAAGAUCCUAGACCGUUUCAAGAGCACACAAGUCCACGCCUUGUGCCCUUCGGACAUCGCCAAAGAUGGUGGCUCUGCCAGGAUUGACAACCACAAGACAAUCUCAAGUGGGUCUAAGUCUAAACUCUCGAAUCCAAUCUCGGUAGCUCAAACUCUUCUUUCUUAUGGACUGCCUAGAACCGACCUCCUUGAACCCCCCAUAGACCCUCAUCUCAAGCCCAUCCGCUUUGUUGAAUCCUUGGCUGAUCUUCAUCGCCGGCUUAAAACUUGCCCACAGUCUGAUAAAUCAUUAUUAUGCAUUGAACAGUAUGCAAUUUUGGCUGGUCUUAAUGAUCCUAAGCUGCUUCGCCGGUGCUUAUGCUCCGCAAGGCAACAGGCUUUUGAUGUGCACUCAAAGGUAGUGCUCUCUGCCUGGUUAAGGUUUGAGAGGAGAACAGAUGAGCUUGAGGGUGUAUCAUCAAUGGAUUGUAGCGGUUACAUUCUUGAAUGCCCUAAAGCUGCUUUGAUAUCUGGGUAUGAUCUGAAUUUGAAUUCUGAUCAUUGCCAAUGUUGUCAGGACUGUCCAAGGACAAUUGAUAGGCAAACAUUGGGGGAAAAUGAGUGUUUGAGUUUCGAGGAGGAUGGUGAUGUUUCAUUUUAUAUUGAUGGUGAGGAGAUUAAUUGUUCUAGAUCUAGAAUUGCUACGCUUUCAAGCCCAUUGAAAGCAAUGUUGUAUGGUAGAUUUGUGGAGUCAAAAAGGGGUAAAAUAGAAUUUUCAAGAAAUGGUAUUUCUGUGGAGGGAAUGAGAGCACUGGAAGUGUAUAGUAGAACUAGGAUAGUGGAGUUGUUUUGUCCUGAGAUUGUUGUGGAAUUGCUUCAUUUUGCAAAUAGGUUCUGUUGCGAGGAGUUGAAGUCUGCAUGUGAUGCCUAUUUGGCUUCAUUGGUUUGUGCUGUUGAGGAUGCAUUGAUUCUUAUGGAUUAUGGUUUGGAGGAAAAGGCGCAUCUUCUUGUAGCUUCUUGCUUGCAGGUGUUACUAAGAGAGCUCCCAAAUUCUUUGUUUGAUUUGAAAGUGAUGAAAAUACUUUGCAGUUCUGAGUAUAUGGAGAAAUUAGCCAUGGUAGGACAUGCUUCAUUCCUGUUGUAUUAUUUCCUGAGCCAGGCGGCUAUGGAAGAAAACAUGAUAUCAAACACAAUGCUGAUGUUGCUUGAAAGAAUGUGUGAAUGUUGCAGAGAAAGUUGGCAAAAGGCACUUGCAAUGCACCAGUUGGGUUGUGUGAUGCUUCAGAGAAAUGAGUACCUCUAUGCACAGACAUAUUUCGAGGCAGCUGCACAAGCGGGUCACACUUAUUCAUUAGCUGGUAUUGCAAGAGCCAAGUAUAAGCAAGGGCAACAAAAUUCGGCCUAUAGAUUGGUGAACUCUCUUAUUUUCGAGCAUAAACCAGCUGGGUGGAUGUACCAGGAGAGAUCUUUGUAUAGUGUUGGGAAGGAGAAGAUUGUGGACCUGAACACUGCUACUGAAUUGGAUCCAACCCUUACAUUUCCAUAUAAAUACAGGGCAGUUGCGCAGCUGGAAGAGAAGCAAAUUAGGGCAGCGAUCUCAGAAAUUGAAAAGAUUAUUGGGUUUAUGCUCUCACCUGACUGCCUUGAAUUACAAGCUUGGUUCUUCAUUGCUCUUGAGGAUUACAAAAGUGCUCUGACAAAUGUUCGGGCUUUGUUAACAUUAGAACCCAAUUACAAGAUGCUUCAUGGGAGACUGAAUGGUGAUUACUUGGUUGAAAUGCUCAGUUGUUGGGUUCAGCAGCAAAGUCAAGCUGACUGCUGGGCUAAACUUUAUGAGCGAUGGUCUUCUGUUGAUGACAUUGGUUCUUUGGCUGUCAUACAUCAGAUGCUGGCAAAUGACCCUGGAAAAAGCCUUCUAAGGUUUCGGCAAUCUCUGCUUCUUUUACGGUUAAACUGCCAGAAGGCUGCAAUGCGGUGUUUGCGGUUGGCAAGAAAUCAUUCUUUCUCCGAGCACGAAAAGCUGGUUUAUGAAGGAUGGAUUUUAUAUGACACUGUGCAUCGUGACGAUGCACUCUCUAAGGCUGACGCAUCCAUUUUGAUUCAGAGGUCUUUUGAAGCCUUUUUCCUUAAAGCAUACAUAUUGGCGGAUGCGGCUUUGGAUGCUGAAUCUUCAUCUUACGUCAUUCAUCUUCUAGAGGAAGCUCUUCGAUGCCCUUCAGAUGUUCUUCGUAAAGGACAAGCCUUGAAUAAUUUAGGGAGUAUUUUUGUGGAUUGCAGAAAGCUUGACAAGGCAGCAGAUUGCUACAAGAAAGCACUCAAUGUCAAGCAUACCAGAGCCCAUCAAGGGUUGGCACGCGUCUAUCACUUGAGAAAUCAACGAAAAGCUGCAUAUGAUGAGAUGACUAGAUUAAUGGAGAAGGCACAUAACAAUGCAUCUGCAUAUGAGAAACGGUCUGAAUACUGUGACCGUGAUAUGGCAAAGAAUGAUCUUAAUAUGGCAACACAAUUGGAUCCACUGAGGACGUACCCAUACAGAUACAGGGCAGCUGUUCUAAUGGAUGAUCAGAAAGAUAUUGAAGCUGUAGAAGAGCUUAGCAAGGCCAUAGCCUUCAAGCCUGAGUUGCAGAUGCUUUAUCUUCGAGCGGCAUUUUACGAGUCAAUGGGAGACCUCACUGCUGCUCUCCAAGAUUGUGAGGCAGCUCUUUGCUUGGACCCCAAACACUUGGACACACAUGAUCUGUAUAACAGAACACGAGAUAGAGCUGCUGCCAACCAACAGACCUAAGUCUCCAUUUAUAUGAAUCCUAUAAGGUCAGUGCCUUGCUUCUCCAACACCAUUCAGACAAAAGUCUUGGGACUCCCGCAGAUUUCUUUCUCCAGUCAUUACGAUACACGCAAGCAUCCAUCUGCAAACCGAGCAUAGCAAAAAGAAAGAAUAGCAGUAGAGUGCAAUGUGUAUAUAUGUGGGAGAGAAUUUUGAUGAUUUUUGUAGAAAAUACUGCUGCAAGCUUCCCUCAUAGGCUUUGACAAACACUCAAAAGUUGGGUAUUUUAUCGAGAAUCAUCCACAUGAUCCAAGUUUCAAG